UUCAUUUCAUUUGUUUAUGCGUCGAAUUCUGGAAUCUAGGACUAGGAUCACUGGUCUAGAUUCUAGAGGGUCUAGAACUCUAGGUCUAGAUCUUUUUUUUUUGCUGCGCGAAUUUUAAUUAAUUUAUUUGAAAAGAUCUUAAGAAAAAAUUUCAUUUCAAAUGUUUAUUUGACACACACACAUCUUGGAAAGCUCCACAAACGCGCUCGUCUCGUUUUACAACAAAAAAAGAACAAGUUGAAAAUCAAAUUAUCAAUCAAUGAAUGUCUUUUUUGACAGUAAAUCAUGUAAAUGACAGUCUUGAAUGAACUUCAACAAGUUAAAAGUUCAAGUUUCAAAUACAAAGUGUUGAAUGUUAUUAGUCUGAAACUAUUCCACAUUUCACCAACAUGGCUACUAGCAGCUCAGACGACAUGAAAGCUGCUGCAAUCAAUGUGCUGUGUCCAGUUACUAUCCAGCUCUUAAAAGAACCCUCCGUGCAACACGCAAAGGCACUGACCAAAGCACUGGAGGAGAUUGAUGUCAGGGUGAUCCAAGAACUUCAGACCUAUAUUAUUUUCCCAUUAGAAGCUGGCUUGCGAGACAAAAAUGUGUCUGAAUCCUUAUUAUUAAAUCUGUGUGAAGCUUCCUAUACAGUGUUUACAAAAUCUAGAGUUCUCUCAAUUAAGAUAUUUUACCAGCUGUACACAACAAUAUUAACAAUAUUAUCAAAGUCUCGGCUCCAAGUCCCUGCCAAAUUAUCAGAAGAAUCAGAAACAGCUCUAAUAAAAACCAUAAUGUUGAUGCUGCAAGCGAGUGAUGAAAAUGUCCUUUCUGAGUUUUACAGUAUUAACUACAUUCAUAUUCUUGCUCAACAAAUUACUGUCCUCAUCAACAUAGCCAAGCUAGACAAGUCCAGAGAAUUACAGAAACUGGCUUUGAACUGUAUCUUGCAGUUUAUGCAGGAAGGAACAAAAUAUGGUGAAGUGAAUGCAGUGAAGUUGGGAGAUGUGUUUGCUCACUGUUUGCCUGGUAUAGUGACAGGGAUGGUGCUGGUAGUGACGGGAAGUUCAAACCAAGGUCAGGCUGUGUUUGUGAAAGCCAUAUCUGUGUGUUGCCGUCUGCUUACCUUGACCUUAUGUGAUAAAUGGUUGCAAAAUUCUCAAGAGCAAAUAGAACAAAAUAAACAAAAAGGAAAAGAUCCAAAAGAUUCUGUUGAUGCUCAGUUGAAGUCGUUAUAUGUUGAAAGAAGUCAGAGCUGGGUGAAAUCCACAUCAAACCAUCUUGGACCUGUGAUUGAUGCCAUCUGUGGUUUAGUUUCCAACAGUCAUUGGAGAGUUAGACAAACUGUGGUGGAUUUUGCUCAACAACUUUUAAUGACUUGUAGCAGUUCACUGAGUGAUCAUGUUCCCAAACUUUUAGAAAGUUUAGUUGGCCUCAUUCACGAUUCCUACCAAGCCGUUGCCCAGAAAGCAAUGAGUGCACUGGAGGCUUUCAAAGCCAGUCAACUCGGGCAACCAGGACAGAAAACACUGACAGAGAUUCUAGAGGAGAAUAUUUUUAACUUGGCCGCGUCACUCCCCAGACUGAUGAAAUUCUGCGAAGAAGAGAAUAAACUUCAUUUGAUUCAUCUCUUACAAGGCUACAUCACAUUGCUCGGUUCAAACGUUUCUGGGUUCAUCCACUCCUCCCCUCAUCUGAAACGUUUAUGUCUUGUUCUGGUUCAAGUUUUGGAAAUGGAAACCACAGACGUCAGAGUUGUAGAGGAAAGGGGUUCACUUUUACAUACAGUCCCUGAAGUCUUUACUGAAAGUGGGAGCCUCCAUGUUUGGAGACCUUGCAAAUACUUCAAACACUUCAGAGAUGAUGCUGUGUACAAGGGACUUAUGAAUGUAUGCAGACUGCUUGGACAAUAUGGUAACAUCUACAUCCUUGUUGAUCAUAUGCUGGAACUGUAUCAAGAGAGUGUUGUAUACAAAUUAGCUGCUGUUCUGGCCAUCAAUGAAAUGGUAUUUGGGGCUUCCCUUCAAGAUAAAGAAAUGGGCAGGAUAAAGGAUCUACAGAUACUUAAAGAUGUCAUAAAAAUGUUGAUUGAUGAAUAUCUCUCCCAGUCAAAUUUAAAGCUUAUCAGUGACAUCACUGCCUGUCACAAACAGUCAGCACCAACCUCCACAUCUACCUCAUUAGUCAUUGUUGGACGUUACGACCCAUUCUCCCAGAAAGAAAUCACCAUUGCUAACAGGAAUAGGAUUAUAUUGUUGACCUGUCUUUACAUGGAAGGCCUUGGAAAAUUUGCAACUGCACUUGGUAAAGAUUUUCAAGUCCAUCUUAUUAGGGGCCUGUACCCGCUGGUUGAAAAUUUAGGUCAUGAAAACCUCUAUCUCAGCAGCACAGCUUACUCAUCGCUAGUGGAAGUAGCUUUGGCGAGUGGACAUAGUAGUUUAGAUCAGCUGAUCAGAGACAAUGCAGACUAUCUAGUGACUUGUGUAUCUCAACGUCUUCGCCACUUUGACCAACACUAUCGAGCCCCAAGAACUAUUUGUGUGAUGCUGCGCUACUGCUCAAAGGAGCUUUUGUAUUUGAUUAGCAACAACAUCACACAGCUGUUUGAAAGUUUGGAUGAUAACUACACCCACCACUUGAUGCUCUUUAUGCCGGUCCUGUUAGAACUGGUUCGUGCAAUAGGAAGAUGGUUUCCUCCAGUUUCAUCAGACAAGGAAAAGCCCUCAAUCCAGGCUGAACACUCUCUAGACCAUCAAGCAGUGAUUUCAUGUGUGACUGAAUACAUGAAGGACAAGAUGACAGUGCACGGCUAUUUCACUGACGCUGAUGCCAGGGACUUGAGUUGUAAGAGUCAUCAAGAGAGGACACUGGAAGACAUUGAGGCUGACAUGUUGCAGUUACAGAAUGAGGUCAAAGAGAAGGGAGACACGGAAGAUAUGAUGGAAGAAGAAGAGGAGGAGCCUGGGAAGAAUGAGCCUCCUAAACAUGUGCAGAUAGUGCUAGAGGUGUUUAAAAGGGUCCGUAACUUGAUGUUGUGCAAGGAACCAAAUCUGAGAGUGAUGGCCCUUGAUGUUGUAUGUCAAAGUUGUCAAGAUCUCUGUGAUCAUGAAAGAGAGCUUCUUCCCCAGCUCCAUCAACUCUGGCCUAGUUUAGUGUCUGUGUUUCGGCAAGAAGAGAAAUUUAUAAUUGUCAAGGCUUUAAAAACUUUAUUAAUUUUAUCAAAGCUCAGUGGAGAUUUUAUGCGCCUGAGAAUAAUGAAAGAGAUUGUUCCAGGGAUAUCAUCCUACAUGGAGAAACAAGCCAAGAUCAGUUUUGAUAGUAGGUCCCAGUACCUGUACUCUAGCAACUACAAGCUACAGCUGUGUGUGCUGUCAUCUCUCGGAGAGCUUGCUCAUAAUCUCCAGUUAGAAGGGAAUGACUUGAGUGCCCUAGUCAACAUUUGUUUACCAUAUCUAAGUGACCGUCAGCCUCAAAGUUUACAACAGGCUGCACUGGAUUCCUUUUAUUAUUUCUGUCUCCUGGAGCCAGAUGCAUUAUGGUAUACUUUAAAUUGUACCUACUCCCCAACACAGCUGACUCCACCUGGGCCUGAGUUUGCUCCCUUUAAGUUUCCUGUUAGCACUGAGAGUAAAAGCUUUGCUAAGAACAUAACUUUUCUACUGGAGAAAUAUUUCAGCUGACAUUGAAUGUCAAUCUGUUAUGUUUAAAGAUCAUGUUAAAUUAAAUCAUUGUCUGGGCCAUUCAUUUUCACUGCUAUAUGGAAAUUAUAAGACUUGAUAGUGUUCAGUGUAUGAAUUUAA